AAGCUCGAGCUCUCGAACCGCCAACAUCAGUGUAGCCGGCGACACACCACCUCCAUCGCCCACCUACGCCGACGCACCAUCACAAUGUCUUUCGCUGCAUCUCGCGCGCUCGUCCGCCAGUCGCGGUUCGCCAUCCGCCGCGCCGGCAUGCGCAAUGCCUCGACCACGUCCGAGGCCGCCGGCGCCGCAAAGGAGAAGGCCGGCGACGCGGCCUCCAAGGUGCAGUCCAAGGCGUCCGAGGGCCUGACCAAGGUCAAGAGCUCGGCCGAGUCUGCGGCCAGCUCCGUCAGCACCGCCGCGAGCAACGCUGCGGGCACAGUCAACAGCGCGGCGGGCAAGGCCCAGGGCAGGGUUGGCAGGCUGGUUGGCGCCGUUCAGGGACUGAUCCCCCAGGCUACAUACUACGGCCGCGUCGGCCUCGAGCUCGGCAAGCUCAUCGUCAAGCAGCGCAGCAUGGCACCUCCCUCCGUCCAGACGAUCCAGGGCUACCUCCAGCCCGCGCUGAACGCUCUCCGCCACCCCGCCUCGAUCGCCAGCUCGCUGAACCCCAACACGAUCCUCAGCCAGGUCCGCGGCGCGUCGAGCGCACAGUACUGGAGCGCCGGCGUCGUCGCCGCCGAGGUGCUUGGAUUCUUCUCCAUUGGCGAGGUCAUUGGCCGUUUCAAGCUUGUCGGCUACAGGGAGAAGGGGCACGGCGGUGACGGCGAGGCUCACUAGGGCAGCGAGGUGUA